AUGGCAGCUCUUCGUACGACCCCGGACUCACCAGCCACGCAGCUGGCGAAGGCGGAGGAUGGGUUGGGAUGUGGUCCUGCUCAGGAGGAAGAAGAGGAAGAAGAAAAGGGGGAAGAGGUGGAGCUGGAGGAGGAGGAGGAGGAGCUCCUAGCAGAGGACGGGGAGGACCAGGCGGUGGUGGAGGAGGAAGAGGAGGAGGGGGGGCAGGCAGGGCACGUGGAGCAGGUGGAGGUGGAGGUGGAGGCGGACGAGGACGAGGUGGUGGCAGAGGAGCAGAGUCCCACGUUGGGGACCCAGGGACGCCUUCACCGUGCCGGUGAUGCCAAGUCCCCAGUUCUUCAGGAAAAGGCCUUGCAGGCCAGCCAGGCUCCAGCCACACCUAGGGAUGAGGACCUGGAUGAGGAUGAGGAGGAUGAGGACGAGGAGGACGAGGACGAGGAAGAUGAUGACGAUUCACUGACAGCUGGGUCUCAGGGGCUGGUCACCUUUGAAGACGUGGCUGUGUAUUUCUCGCUGGAGGAGUGGGAGAGGCUGGACGCAGGCGAGCGGGACCUUUACAAGGAUGUCAUGCAGGAGAACUAUGGGAUCCUGGUGUCCUUGGGAUACCCAAUCCCCAAGCCGGAUCUGAUCUUCCGGCUGGAACAAGGGGAGGAGCCCUGGGUCCCAGAUAGCCCCCGUCCUGAGGAAGGAGACAUUGUCACUGGCGUCUACACAGGGGCCUGGUUCUGGACCGACGAUAUAGAGGACCACGAGGAGGAGGAGGACGAGGACUUCCUGGCGGAGGUGGCCGAGGAGGAGAACGAGCCCCCGGGGCUCUGGUCAGCAGCUUAUGGCGUGGGGGACGUGCCUGGGACAUGGGGCCCCGAUGACUCGGAUUCGGCGCAGACUCCGGAGGGUUGGGGUCCCGACCCCGGGGGCCUCGGGGUUCUGGCCGACGGGUCCGAGGCGAAGCCUUUCCUGCCGGGCCGGGAGCCUGGCGCGAACCUGCUGGCACCCUGGGCGUUCCCUGCCACCGUGGCUGCUCCGGCAGGGCGGCCCGAGACCACGUGCGACGUGUGCGGCAAAGUGUUCCCGCACCGGUCCCGGCUGGCCAAGCACCAGCGCUACCACGCGGCCGUCAAGCCCUUCGGCUGCGACGAGUGCGGCAAGGGCUUCGUGUACCGCUCGCACCUGGCCAUCCACCAGCGCACGCACACCGGAGAGAAGCCCUUCCCGUGCCCGGACUGCGGCAAGCGCUUCUCUUUUCGUCAUAACUCCGCCCUCAAAGUCCAUCAGAGGAUUCACACAGGAGAGAAGCCCUAUCAGUGUACCGAGUGUGGGAAAUCCUUCUACGCAAAAUCAAACUUCAAUCAUCAUCAGAGGACUCACACAGGGGAGAAACCUUAUGAGUGUAAGGAAUGUGGGAAAUCCUUCGGUGUGAAAUCGAACUUAACCAAACAUCAGAAAACACAUACGGGGGAGAAACCUUUCAAAUGCAAUGAGUGUGGGAAAACGUUCUUACAGAAGUCACAGUUUGCUGACCAUCAGAGGACACACACAGGGGAGAGACCCUAUGGAUGGAAGAAACCCUAUGAGUGUAAGGAAUGUGGGAAAGCCUUCUGUGUGAAAUCAAACCUCACUAAACAUCAGAAAAUUCACACCGGUUUGAAACCUUAUGAAUGUAACGAGUGUGGCAAAGCCUUCCCCAUGAAUUCCAUCCUAAUAGUACAUCAAAGAACCCACACGGGGGAGAAACCCUAUGGAUGCAAUGAAUGUGAGAAGUCCUUCUAUAAAAAAUCAGCCCUCACUAAACAUCAGAAAACGCACACAGGGGAGAAACCACAUGAGUGUGACAAAUGUGGGAAGGCCUUCCAUAUGAAGUCAACCCUCAUCAUACACCAGAGAACUCACACUGGAGAGAAGCCCUUUAAGUGUAAUGAAUGUGAGAAGUCAUUCUAUGUGAAGUCACUUCUUAAUAUUCAUCAGAGAAAUCACACGGGAAAGAAACCCCACGUAUGUAGUGAAUGUGGGAAAGCCUUUUCCAUGAAGUCCAAUCUCACCGAUCAUCAGAGGACACAUUCGGAAGAGAAACCCUAUGAAUGUAACGAAUGUCGGAAGACCUUUCGCCAUAAGUCAACUUUAACUGUACACCAGAGGACUCACACGGGGGAGAAACCCUAUAAAUGUAAUGAAUGUGGGAAAUCCUUCUAUAUGAAGUCAGCCCUCAGUCAACACCAGAGAAUACACACGGGGGAAAAACCUUAUGAAUGUGAGAAAUGUGGGAAAACCUUCUUCCAGAAGUCCCACCUCACUAAACAUCAGCGAACACACACAGGGGAGAAACCCUAUGAGUGUAAGGAAUGUAAAAAAACCUUCUUCCAGAAGUCACACCUCAUUGAACACCAGAGAACACACACUGGGGAGAAGCCCCACGAAUGUAACAAAUGUGGGAAAUCUUUCUGUUAUAAGUCAGCCUUAACCAUACAUCAGAGAACUCACACAGAAGAGAAACCUUAUAAAUGCAAUGAAUGUGAGAAAUCUUUCUGUAUGAAAUCACACCUCACUGUCCAUCAGAGAACUCACACAGGGAAGAACCCCUUUGAAUGUAAGGAAUGUGGGAAAACUUUUUAUGUGAAGUCAAACCUCAUAAAUCAUGAGAGAACUCACACAGGGGAGAAGCCCUAUGAGUGUAAGCGAUGUGGGAAGUCCUUCUGUAUGAAGUCGACGCUCACGGUUCACCAGCGCACACACACGGGGGAGAAGCCCUAUGAAUGUAGCAAAUGUGGGAAGUCCUUCUGCAAGAAAUCGACUCUCACAAAGCAUCAGGUAAUUCACACAAGAGAGAUACCCUAA